CGUUAGGACCCGGGGCCUGUGCGGUGCCAGCCCCAGAUUCCAGGCUAGUUUCCCUGGCGUGACGUCAGGCGCGAGCCCGUCUCGCUCCCGGCCUGCUCCGGCCCCUCUCCAGCGCGGAGCACUACGGGGAAAAUGCUGCUCUCGGUGCAGCCGCGCUCCGGCAUCGCCGCCUUCACCUACAACAAGAGCAGCAAGAAGCAGCCCUAUGCGCCGCCGGCGCCGCAGCCGGGCCCCCCCAGCCCCAGCCCGGCGGGGGGGGCCGCCGACCAGCUCAGCAAGACCAACCUGUACAUCCGGGGGCUGCACCCCGGCACCACGGACCAGGACCUCGUCAAGCUGUGCCAGCCCUACGGGAAGAUCGUCUCCACCAAAGCCAUCCUGGACAAGACGACCAACAAGUGCAAAGGCUACGGCUUCGUUGACUUCGACAGCCCCACGGCGGCUCAGAAGGCCGUGACGGCGCUCAAGGCCAGCGGCGUGCAGGCGCAGAUGGCCAAGCAACAGGAGCAGGACCCCACCAACCUCUACAUCUCCAACCUGCCGCUGGGGGUGGACGAGCAGGAGCUGGAGGCGCUGCUGAAGCCCUUCGGGCAGGUGGUGUCCACCCGCAUCCUGCGGGACCCCCACGGGGCCAGCCGCGGCGUGGGCUUCGCACGGAUGGAGUCCACAGAGAAGUGCGAGGCCGUCAUCACCCACUUCAAUGGGAAGUACAUCAAGACGCCCCCGGGGGUGCCAGCCCCCCCGGACCCACUGCUCUGCAAGUUCGCGGACGGGGGGCAGAAGAAGCGGCAGAGCCAGGGCAAGUUCGUGCCCAACGGGAGGGCCUGGGCCCGGGACGGCGACGCGGGCACCGUGACUUUGGCCUACGACCCCGCGACGGCGCUGCAGAACGGGUUCUACCCGGCGCCCUACGGCCUGGCCCCCAGCCGGAUGAUGGCCCAGACGGCGCUGGCCCCGUACCUACCGUCCCCCGUCUCCUCCUACCAGGUCCACGGCCCCGCCUGGAUGCACCAGUCGUACCUCAUGCAGCCCACGGGCGCGGUGCUGGCCCCCGCCGUGGACCACGCCGUCUCCAUCCAGCCCUCCGUGAUGGCGCCCCUCGCCCAGCAGCUCGGGCACCUCUCGCUGGGCACCGCCGGCACGUUCGUGCCGGCCGCCGCCGUGCAGGGAGCCUUCGUCCCGCCGUACCCGCCGGUGCCGCCCUGCGCCGUGGCCGUGGAGGACGGCAGCGCCCCGCCGAGCCACGUCCCCGUGGAGUCGCCGUCCGAGCACAGCGCCUACCCCUACCCCUACCCCAAGUAGCGGGGGGGGGCCGGGGGGGCCGGGCCGCCCCGCUCCGGGCACCCAGGACCCCGGGGGGGGCGCGGACCGGGCUGCGCCCGCCGGGGCCGGCCCGGACCCCCCCCCCCCGCCCGGCCUCGCUGCUCCGGGGGGGCCGCGGCGGCUCCCCGCCCCGGCUCUGCCUUUACCGCUGGUUUCGAGACAACUUUUGCCUUCUUUUGUUCUGUUUUCUCUGAAAGGAAAAGCAGCCCCGGCCGGGGGGGGCGGCGGGGGGGCUGCAGCUUCCGUUGCUUUUCGCUGCCCCCCAGCCUUGCUGCCCCCCCACAGCGCCCCGGGGCUCGCGGGCGGCGGCCCCCGGCCUCCCCUUGCAGGGCUUUUUUUCCUCCUGCAUUUUCUAAAAAAGGAAAAGAAAAAAAAAGAAAAAAAUAGGAAAAGAAGAAAAGGAAAAAAAAAAAAAAGAACAGCCAAGGGGGGGUCGGGCCCCCGCGGCCCCCCCCGCCCCGCGCUCCCCGGGACGCAGCGCGGGAGCCGCGGCGCCGCCGGGACCCUCGGUGCCUUCUGCUGCCGCCGUUUCGGACUGUGCCCCCCCCCGGCCCGGCUCCGGCUCCGGGCACCAGCCCCCCAGCAGGGCCGGGGCGUGCUGGCCCCCCCGCUGCCGCCGGUCCUGCCCCCGGGGGCGCGGGGGGGCCCGGGGCUCUGCAUGUUCCUCCUCUGCCCCCCUGCCCCCCGCUUGGGGGGCAGGACAAGUGCAAUAACCCCCCCGCAACGCUUUCACCUGGCGACGGGCGCCCCACGGGUUCCCCAGGCACUUUAGACCCCCCCGCGCCGGGGGCGGCCGCGGCCCCCCCGCGCAGCCCCCUCCCCCGCGGCGCCCCCCGCUUGCGCAGCGACAAUCAGGGGGGGCCGCGCGGCGGCGGCUCUUUGAACCAAAGAUCGAGGGUGUCGCGGGGGUGCGGAGCCGCCCCGGCCCCCCCAGCCGCCCGCCCGUCCCCACGGGGCUCCGGCCCCCCCUCUGCUUCCAGCUCUGGGGCCGGCCGUGCCCCCCGCGCCAGCUCUGCCCAGGGCCUCCCGGUUCUUCCAGCCCCCCCGCAGCAGGGCCCCCCGGCCCGCCAUGGGGCAGGGGGCCCCCGGCCCCCCCACGGGGCGGCGGGGCCCCCCACCACACAUCUACCUCACCCCACAGCUCGGUGCGUGCUCAGCCCAGGCCUGGGCCUGCCCAGGGGGGGGCCGGGGCCCCCGCCCCCCGCUUGGGGUGACACCACCCCCCGGUUUCCAGCCACCACCCACCUCUGCCGUUGCUGCUAGCGCCCGGCCCCCGGGCACGGCCCCUUUGGUUGGGGGGGACGGACGCCCCCAAGGAAGGAACCAAAGAGGGAGACCUGCAGACGGGCCCCCCAGGCCCCCGCGGCCGGGGGCGCCGGGACCCCCGCCCCGCUGCCCCCAGGGAGGGGCGGCAGUGCCGGGGCCCGGCCCGCCCCAGGCCUGGGGGGCCUGAGCGGCAGCGGAGAAGCUGCGGCCCCCCAGGCCCCCUCGUGCCCCCCUUUAAUUUAUACGUAGCGCAUUUUGUACAGGUUUUUAAGUUGCUUUUUUUUAAAAUCUCGAGAGGUUUCUAGUUUUGUAUUUCUUCCUCCUGCUUCCGCGCUCCGGCCCGGCUCGUCCCAUCCUGCCCCCCUCAACCAGCUCCCACCGUCUCAUUUUGGAGUUUUUUUGUUUUUAAAUAAAAAGGCGAGAAAAGCUGA